GGUUCUGUCCUGCGGAGGUCGUGGUUUGGGACUCCUGCCGGUCCCACGGCCCCCAUGUGAGGGUUGGUGGUUUGACUCGGUGCUUUAGCCAAUGUACGUGGCAUAAAUGGUGUGUCGCCUGACGCCGUCUUGCUUUCGUUUCCCUUUUAAUAUGGGCUCGCUCUUGCUCCCCCUGGGUAGGAGAGGAAGAUGCUUUGUUGCGGGAAAGAACCAGAGGGAGGACCGCAGUGAAAUGCUCUGAAUCUCAGUCAGUGCUGUGCUUCUGCGCUGCCUGAGUAGAAGCAGGCAGGCAGGCUGGUAACGAGGCCCUGAGGCACGUCCAGUUUUCCCAUAUGGCCCUCACCAGCUGAAAAUGCUAGGGAAUCUGAGGAGCAAGUGCACAAAUCAGACCAAGAUGUUCCCGUUAAACAUUUCUGUCCAGACAAGUAUGCAGAUUCUGUGCCUAAAGUACUCCUACUCUUCUCUUAUCAGGUGCAGUUUGAAACUAUUGCAGAAAUAGUGUCCUGGGAAAAAUCUUUUUGGAAUUAAUUGAGAGUAGUAGCGGCUGAUAUAUUCUUGUGGCCUCUCUUGAAAGCUAUACCUUGGCUCAGCUCUUCCCUCUAGCUUCACUGGUGCUUCUGGGAAGUGCUGUGCUCCUCACUUACGGAAGAAGACAUGGUUUAAUAAUUUGUUUGCAUUAAUGGUCUAUGAGAAGUGUCCUCUAGGCCAAGAAGCAACUCCUCCUGCUGAAGAGAGGAACACAGAGCCCUGUUCCUCUCAGGUGGCUGUGCUGCAGCACUUUGCUGAACUCCAGGCAGCCCCUCCACCCCUUCCUGGAGUCUUUGUGGAAGGACCAUGGAAGAAACUGAGGAGGAAAAAAAGGAUGAGGCUGAUUAUAAAAGGCUUCACAGUUUUCCUCUGAUUAGGCACUCGGACAUGCCGGAGGAGAUGCGCGUAGAGACCAUGGAGCUGUGUGUCACAGCGUGUGAGAAGCAUGCCACCAACAAUGAGAGUGCUGCCAAGAUGAUCAAAGAGACGAUGGACAAGAAAUUUGGGUCCUCCUGGCAUGUAGUGAUUGGGGAAGGUUUUGGCUUUGAGAUCACUCACGAGGUGAAGAACCUGCUGUACAUGUUCUUCGGUGGCAGCCUGGCUGUGUGCGUCUGGAAGUGCUCCUAACUCCUGUCUGGGUCCCAGACUCGCUGACUUCAAGAGAUUUCUUCCUGCUCUUAACAAGUUUUGUAUGAUCUGGAGGUGGGGCUUUAUUUUUAAUACUUAAAUGUCAAGAUUUCUUUUUUUCAUACUGACGUAACAGUUCUGUGGGAUACAUAAAGUUGGCGCGCGUGUGUGUGUGUGUAUAAACUUGCUAAACUGUCCUGUCCUUAUGCUUGUGAGAUUUCUCAUCUGUCUAUGGCUCUUUCCUUGGUGUUUGAGCUGGAGCAGGAGGGAAGUGAGGAACAGGUAAUCUCACAACACACUGCACAGCAGUGCUGGCAGGGGAAAGCAAAAGGUGCUGUCUAGCCCUAUGGUUUUUUAAACUCCCAUUUAUUCCACAUAGUUUUCCUCUCUCCUCUUGCUUUCUCUGUUAUCAUGUAGUAUUGCUCUAAACCAGCACCUGUCUUUCCUCUCUCUGGAUGCUGUUUAUGCAUUCUUCCUCCCUUCUAUGAUGUCUGUGCGGACCUGACAGCACAAAUGGUCUCCCUUCAGGCUGCCUCUGGAGGUGUGAGCCACAGGGAAGCAGUCCCAGAUUGCCCUUCCCUGCUGCUUUGGAAGGGUACAACAGCUGAGCUGUCUGGGUGUAGGAGGUUGCUAUGCAAACUGCCCCCUCCUUUCUCACCCACAGAACACUGAGACAGCAUGAAAACACAGGCGGCUGACGAUGCCUGGGGAGUGGGUGAGAGCUCUUUUUAAGGCUCAAAUGCCUCCCUGUCAGUUCCUGGGGGUGUUGCAAGUGCUGUGUACUUGCAGCAUCUUGUUUGGAGGCUGACAGAGGAAGGAGGGUCCAUGGGAAAUACAACUUGGUCAUCAGAAACCUAAUCUCUCUCUGAACUUGCAUUCUUUUAGCCUGUUUCAUUUUUUAAAGCUGUUGGUGUUGGAGGAUUGAAUGAGUAACUAUGUUACGUGUAUGGUUAAUUUAUAAAACCUGAGGAACUGUGUUUUUGCAAUAAAAGUUUAGUAAAACGUC